AUGACAACAGAAAUCAAACACAAGGAAGAGAAGAAGCACAAGGACGAAGAUGAUAAAAAACACAAGGAUGAAGAAAAGAAGCUUAAGGAAGAAAAGAAAUUGAAAGAAAAGGAAGACAAGAAACAUCUCGAAGAAGAAGAGAAGAAACACAAAGAUGAAGAGAAAAAGCUCAAAGAGGAAAAGAAAUUAAAGGAAAAGGAAGCCAAGCACAAGGAUGAAGAAGAAAAGAAGCCUAAGGAAGACAAGAAUCAUAAGGAUGAAGAAGAUAAAAAGCACAAGGACGAGGAAAAGAAGCUUAAAGAAGAAAAGAAGCUCAAGGAAAAGGAAGCCAAACACAAGGACGAUCAUGAAGACAAGAAACACAAGGAAAAGGAUGAAAAGAAAAAAGAUGAAAAGAAAUAA